AUGCUGCGGUGCCACGUCGUCGCCGUCCACAUUCCCGGGGCCACCGGCUUCGGUCCCGGUGUCCUGCUGUCCGUCUGCUUCCGAGGUGUCCCCAGGAGAACCCAGGUGGUGCCCGAGGAGCGCAGCCUCACCUGGAAUGAGGAGCUGGUGUGGCCGCUGGACACGUGUCCCCUGAGUGCCACCGACACGCUGGCCCUGCGCCUGCGACGUGGGGACUGCCUGCUGCCCCAGGGGGACCUGGGUGCCACCACGCUGUCGUUGGGCGAGCUGGUGGCCAACCCCAGCCUGCCGAUGGCCGUCAGGGACAUCCCGCUGCUGGACCACCGCGAGCGGCCCACGGGGUGCACCGCCACCCUCUGCUGCUACCACGACCUGCGCGGCGCCGCCGAGGACGUCCCUGUCACCAGCACACACGACCAGGUGGCCCUGGAGCCAGCCGGGGUGGCACCCACGGCCAGGAAAGAGGAUUUCCAGGUCUGGGUGAGGGUCAUCAAGGGCCGCCAGCUGCCGGGCAAUGACAUCAAACCCGUGGUGAGGGUGCAGAUCGGCAAGCAGAUCUUCCGCAGCCGCAGCCGCAGCGGCAACAACCCCUACUUCGACGAGGUGUUUUGUCAGAAUUUCCGCCUGACUCCGGAGCAGCUGGUGGCACAGCCCAUCCAGAUCCAGGUGCUCCGUUCACCAAACAUCUGCACCAAACCCGUCAUCGGCAUCUUCGAGCUCGACAUCGGCACUGUCUACUCUGCCCCAGGGCGCAGCCUGAGCGGCAAGUGGCUGAGCCUGCAGCACCCGCGGCACCCCGACGGCCGCUCGCAGGGCUUGCUGCAGGUCAGCCUCGUGGUGCGCCGCGCCGGCGAGCGCGCCCAGGAGCAGGAGGUGCCGGCGGGGGACGAGGAUGUGGAGGCCAACCUGCUGCGGCCACCGCCCUGCGCCACCACUCUGCAGAUCCGCGUGUUCCGCGCCGAGGACCUGCCGCGGGGUGGGGACACCGCGGUGUGGCGUGGGGACAUCGGGAACUGGGCGGAGCCGGCGCGGCCGUGCCUGGGCGGCACCGCGGGCUCGCCGAAGGUGUCGGUGCAGGUCGGCUUUGCGGGCAGGACGCUCUGCACCAGCUGGGUGCCCGCCGAUGGCAGCCCCGAGUGGAACGAGGUUUUGUUCUUCCCCCUGCGGCUGCCCCCCAUCUGUGACGAAAUCCUGCUGGAAAUCCUGCGAGGGUCGUGCCGGAGCAAAGUCGUGGGCAGGACCACCCUGAGGCUGUCCCAAAUCUCCCGGGACCCCGACGAGCUCGAGGAGGGGACCCCCGGGUUUUUCCCCUCCUUCGGGCCCAGCUUCCUGCCCUUCUACGGCCCCCGGGAGGACGCUGCCAGGGACUCGGGGCCGGUCUACCGGGGCCGCCUGCUGCUGGAGCUCUGCACCCACCUGGGGACCCCCCCCGGGCGCCACCGCGACGCCGUGGCCCCGGUGGACGCCGAGCGGGCGCAGAGCCGCCUGCCCCGCUGCCAGCUGGGGCUCUGCGGGGUUUUCUACUCGGCCACCAUGGUGCCAGGCGGCCCCGAGGCGCUGAGCCUCGAGCUGGGCAUCGGCCGAGCCGCGGCCGCCACCGCGCCCGCCCUGCCCGCCUUCGACGGGAACCUCUACCACCACCUGCCGUGGUUCAGGGACAAACCAGUGGUGGCUGUCACCUCGCUGUGGGAGGACGCCGGGCACCGCUGGGACAGCCUGAACCUCCUGCGAGCCCUGUGCCAGCGCCUGGAGAGGAACCUGGCCGAGCUGCGGGGACACCGCGGGGACACCGUCAGGGACAUCGGGACAAAGCUGCUGCAGGAGCUGGAGCAGGACUGCGAGGCCGCCCUGCAGUGCCUGGAGGCGCAGCCCGCUCUGACCGCCCUGGACCAGCAGCUCCGGAGCUGCCGGCGCCGCCUCCUGCGGCGGCUGCGGAACGAGGCCGGGGCCGGUGGCGGCGGCGACGCCGGGCACGGGGACACCCUGGCGACAGUGACCCAGGGCUGGCUGCGACAGGUGGCCGCGCUGGCCGUGGAGCCCCAGGCCGGUGUCCCCGACGUGCAGCUGUGGCUGCUGCGGGGCCAGCUCCGGGUGGCCUCGGCCCGUGUCGCCGCCACCGAUGUCCUGCACUCCCCGCGCGGCCCCGGCGCCUGCGGCCGCCUCUGCGGGAGGAUCCUCACCCUGUUCCUGGGCUGCCCAGGGGACACCCAGGCACAGGUGCGGGUCCGGCUGUGGCUGGGGCGAGUGGCCGAGAGCGGCGAGCUGGCCCCGCUGCUCGGCGGGAGCCUGCGCUUCUACAGCGAGACGUUCGAGAACCAGACGCGGCUCUUGGGGAAAUGGGGGCCCCGGAGGCUUUUGGGGCGCCCCGAGUUCUCCGACAGCUCCGGCCGGGCCGCGCCCCCCCCGGACGAGAUGCGGCCCCCCAAGGGCUGGCGCUGGGACGGGCCCUGGAGCGUGGAGCGGCCGCGGCGGGUGCCGGUGCGGGGCGCGGGGAGCGCGGUGCUGGAGGAGCUCUACGAGAACCAGAGCCGCGACCCCAGCGGGGGCUGGGCCGGCACGGCCAGCACGGACGCCGUGAGUGGGGGACAGCGCGGGGACAGCGCAGGUGGCACCGGAGUGUCGCGGCUCAGCGCCCGCCUGGUUUUGCAGAAAGGAGUGGCGGUGCCACCGAAGGAGGAGGUGGCGUGUCCCCAGGGCUGGCGUGUCACCAGUGACUGGCACGUGGACAUGGAGGGGACCGAGGAUGAAGACGGUUGGCAGUACGGGGUGGGCACGGAGGAUGGCAGCCCCCCGGCAGCGUGGCACAGCAAGGGACAGCAGUGCCACACCCUGCGGCGCCGGCGCUGGCUCCGGGUCCGCCACAGGGACAGCGACAGCUGGACACAGGAGCAGGACACGGACACCCGCAGCACCCUGGUGACACAUGACCCCGAGGAGCUGUGGGAGGACGAGGCCUGGCAGCCCGAGUGCUUCUGGGGCUGCACCUUCCAGCCCAAGGUCCCGGCCGGUCCCCGGUGCCGCCGGCGGCGCUGGCAGCGCAGCCUGGUGCCCGCCGAGCCCGCGGCCGUGGCACCGCUCUUCCUGCUCCAAGGAGCCCCGGACACCGAGGAGCCGGGCCAGGACAGUGCAGCGGUGGCCCUGCAGCAGCCGUCCCCCUUCAUCCUCUGCACCUUCCAGCGUGAGCCCGGGGGCCGGCGGGGACCGGGAGAGACCGGGAGUGGGCCCGGCCGCUUCCAGCUCCGCUGUUACAUCUUCCAGGCGCUGGAUCUGGCGCCCGGCGGCUCCAGGACCUCCAUAGAUGCCACCGCGCAGGUGUCGUUCGUGUCCCUGAGCCAGCGCACGCGGGCGGUGCGCGGGGCGCUGGACCCGCAGUGGGAGCAGACGCUGCUCUUCACCCGGGUGCCGCUGUUCGGCGACCCCCGAGGCGUCCCGGAGGACCCCCCCGCCGUGGUGGUGGAGGUGUGCGAGCAGCAGGGACAGGGCACGGCGGCGCUGCUGGGCCGGUGCGUGUGCGCCCCGCGGGUCUGGCUGGACGCGGCGCUCCGGGAGCCGCCCCGGCUCCAGCCCCACCCGCUGCGGGGGCCGCGGGGCCCGGCCGGGGAGCUGCUGGCGGCCUUCGAGCUCCUGCACGAGCCCGAGGACGGGUCCCCGGCUCCGCUCGGCCCUCCGCCCCUGAGGAAGGACGGGCUCGGGUUCGGCAUCCCCCCGGAGCUGCGGCCGCGCCUGCAGAGGGUGGCACUGGAGGUGCUGGCCUGGGGGCUGCGGGGGCUGCGCGGGGCCGUGCGGGAGCCGCGGCUGGAGCUGCAGUGGGGGGAGCAGAGCCUGUGGACCCCCCCGAUCGAGGACAUGGCCACCAACCCCAACUUCCCCAGCAACGCCUUCCUGCUCACCCUGGCGCUGCCCGAGGAGCAGCGCUUCGUGCCGCCCAUCCGCCUGCGGCUCUGGCACCGCGCGGGCACCGAGCGGCGGCUGCUGCUGGGCCAGGCCAGCGUCAGGGAGCUGGGCCGGUACCGCUGCCCCCCGCCCCAACAGGAGCAUCUGCUGGGCUCCGGCGGACCCGGCAAAGGCUGUCACACGGCUGUGUCAAUGCCAGAGCAGCUCCUUUCCGUGCGGGUCUCCUGCAGUCCCUGCAGACGCUGGUGGUCCCUGUUCCUGGCCACAGCCCCGGCCAGGAUGGCUCAGGAACUGCUCGGCUACCUCAGGAACAAGCGGGCUGAGGACGAGGACGAGGAAGACGAGGAGGAGGAGGAGGAAGAUGAGGAGGAGGAGUACGAGGAUGAGGACGAGGACGAGGAGGAGGAGGAAGAAGAGGAGAGGGACUGGUGGAGCAAAUUCUACGCGUCCAUGGAGGACAAGGACCGCAAAUCCCCGUGGAGAACCAAUGGGGACAGACUGAAGAUCUACGGCUGCGAGCUGGAGGCGGUGCCCGAGUUCGAGGGGCUGCAGGAUUUCUGCCAGACCUUCCCCCUCUCCAAACCCGGCCGUGCCGCCGAGCCCGUGGGCAGCUUCAAGGGGCUGUUCCGCAUCUACCCCGUGCCCGAGGAGGCCGGAGCGGCCCCGGCUCCGCGCUGCUUCCAGCGGCUGCCGCCCCGCCAGCCGCAGCCGUGCCUGGUGCGCGUCUACGUGGUGCGAGCCUUCGACCUGUCCCCCCGCGAUGUCACCGGGCUGAGCGAUCCCUACGUGCGGGUGGCGCUGGGCAAGAAGACGCUGGGACAGCGGGACCAGUACGUGCCCAACACCCUGGAGCCCGUCUUUGGCAGGAUGUUCGAGCUGACGGCCACCAUCCCUCUGGAGAAGGACCUGCGGGUGACAAUCAUGGACCACGACAAGGUGCCACCGGACCAGGAGAUCGGCAGCACCACCAUCGACCUGGAGGACAGGCUGCUGUCCCACUGCCGUGCCCACUGCGGGCUGCCCACCCUGUACCACACCGCGGGCCCCGCGUGCUGGCGGGACCAGCUGUGCCCCAGCCAGGCCCUGGAGCUCCUGGCGGGCACCCGGGGGCUGCCUGGGCCCCGCUUCAGCUGCGGGGGCACCGCCCUGAGCCUGAGCGGGCAGCGCUUCAAGCUGCGCCACUUCGGUGACAGGCGGGUCGGUGUCACAGAGCGGGGCCACCCCCCAGUGCGACACGCCGGGGCCCCCCGGGAGCGCCUGGCCCUGCACGUGCUGAACCUGUGCCAGCUCGUCCCGGAGCACCUGGAGACCCGCGGGCUGCAGAGCAGUGCCCAGCCCGGCCUGGAGCAGGGCAAGGUGCAGAUGUGGGUGGACAUUUUCCCCACCAGCCUCGGCCCCCCCGGGCCCCCCGUGAACAUCGACCCCCGCAAGGCCGAGGGGUACGAGCUGCGCUGCGUGGUGUGGAACGUGUGGGACGCGGACCUUAGGGACGUCAACCUGCUGGGCCAGCGCAUGAGUGACAUCUACGUGUCCGGGUGGCUGGACGGGCUCCCGGAGCAGCGGCAGCACACCGACAUCCACUAUCGCUCCCGGAACGGCAGAGGCGCCUUCAACUGGCGCUUCGUGUUCCCCUUCGAGUUCCUGGCAGCUGAGAAGCUCUGCGCCAUCCGCCGCAAGGAGCACGUGUGGAGUUUGGACGCGACGCUGCUGAAGGUGCCGCCCAAACUCAUCCUGCAGGUGUGGGACAAUGACAAGUUCAAGGCGGACGAUCUGCUGGGGAUCUUGGAGCUGGAGCUGACGCGGCUGCCCCGCCCGGCCCGCAGCCCCCGCCUGUGCCGGGCCACGCCGUCGGAGCUGCCCUGGUUCUGCUGGCCCUGGUUGUCCCGGGCCUGGCUCUCCCUGCCCCGCUUCUCCCGGGCCUGGCUCUCCCGGGCCUGGCUCUCCCUGCCCCGCUCCUCCCGGGCCUGGCUCUCCGCGGCCCGGCUCUCCCGGCGGCUCUCCCGGCGCUGGUGCCGCGCCCCGGCGCUGCAGCGCUCGCCCCUGAACCUGUUCCGCAGGAGGAGGGCACAGGGCUGGUGGCCCUGCACCAUGCAGGAGGACGGCGGCCAGCGGCUCUCGGGGAAGCUGGAGCUCAGCCUGGAGCUGCUGACGGCGCAGGAGGCCGAGGAGCGGCCGGUGGGGAAGGGCCGAGAGGAGCCCAACAAGCACCCGACACUGCCCGAGCCCAGGCGCCCCAAGUCCUCGUUCCUGUGGCUGCGCUCCCCGCUGAGCCUCGUCCAGCAGGGCAUCCGCUGGCGCUACCUGCUGUGGCUCGGCCUGGGGCUGGCGGCGCUCCUGCUGCUCCUGCUGCUCCAUUCCUUCUUCCCGCGCCAGCCCCGGUCCCCCGAGCGGGACGGGGACACCCCCGGGCAGUGCGGCGGGGAGGGAGGCGGGAGCGGCGCCGGCCCCGCUGAGCCCGGUGCCGGGUCGCGGCGGGCCGUGGAGGCGGAGAGCCAGCCGGGUUCCCUGGCCGCCGGGCCGGGCUGGGGGAAGCACGGACGGACACCGGCCGGAGCAUCCUGCCGGGGCGAGUACAACCGGCACAGCACCCGCACCCCCCCUGCUGCUUCCCGGGAAUGA